UUCUUUUUUUUUGUGUGUUACUUAUAAGAUAAAACUGAUAUCGAUGAACUUUUCUUUAAUAUCUAUUAUUAUGCACUAUAAUUUUUCGUGUAAUAAUCUUUAAACAAUUGGUAUUUAUCCUAGAUGGGAGCCUGUAUUUAAAAGUUUAGAACUUCCACGGUAAGAAAUGCACUCUCACAAUGAAGAGAUGCUGGAUGCUUACUGUUCUUUUAUAUACCACAAGCUUGCCCUACCACCGCUCAGAAAAAUCGUAACGAUUAAACAUGCGAACACGCUCGUUCGUUGACAACAGAUCCGUGCUUGAGGAUACAUUUUGCCUUUUAUAUUUCUAAUACAAUUCCUAAUAGAAAAAAAAUUUCCUGCAAGAAGGAAGAUUAUUUUUGUUAGAUGAUUUCACUCAACAUUCUAUAGGAGAAAAUAAAAUGACGAAUAAAACUGGAUACUUGGUUGAAGCAUUGAACUUGGGGGAAGUCCCUUUGUUCGAGUGAUUUUCAUUCAUCCGACGUAGUAACAAUACUUUUAUGUAUUCCACGUGCGUAUAAAUAUCGUUUAAAGAUAAUGCGAACGGUGCCGAUUUAAUUUACGCAAUUACUCAUAUCGUUUCCUCUAAUCUGGCAAACGAUCGGGAAAGACAUUCCAACUCUAUAAUUUGAAAUAACAAGCUAACAUUCCAUAUGCAAGUGCGUUACAUUUCGUAACACACCUGCAAUAUGGCUUUCUUUAGCACUCGGUAAUACUCCAGUUAUCAUAAUAAGACAGUGUGACCCAUAUAAUUUCAUUCAUAUGUCUUUACGAAAACAUAUAAUUCCCAUCCGUGGUUCCUAUCUUUCACAUGCACCAAUAAAAUUGAUAGCUCUUUUACAUUGAAAUAUCGUGUCAAGGACGAUCCAUAAAGAUUAUGUAUGUGUUCGCGUGUUACGGUUGAACGAUCGACGAGCUAAGCUUUUUUUUUUUUUCAUAUUUUUUGUUUGUUUUUUUACAAGUGCGUGUACAUGCGAAAUCAUUUUAUAUUACUCGCUUAAAAACUGUUCGCGAGCAGUAAAAGUUUCUUGUGAAUUUGAAGACCUUAAUAAAUAGUAACGGUUCGCAUCAUAAAGUAUCCAGACAGUUUAAAGUAAGCUAAUCCCGCUAAACUAGCACUAUCAUUUCCUAUUACCGUAAUAGCUGGUUUCCAGGGUACUAAACUAUUAAUAGCAUUUGGCAGAGAAAGUCUACUCUUACGUUUUAUCCGAAGCAGUUCACCGCAAUCCGAUUUUCUAUAAUUCGGUAACGAGUACGUAUCUUGGAAAUAUGUCUAUUUAUCGUAUGGAUCAUUAUUGAUUGUGAAAGAGUUAGCAAUGGUGAACCUCGACCGUUGAUAGAUAAGAAUAAUUGGUCAUGGUCAUCUUCCUAGGAUGAAAAGAAAAAAGAAACCUCUAUUAGAUAUGACAGGGUUAACAAUGACGAAUCUCGACCAUUGAUAACAAUAACUUUCACGGUCAUCUUUCUAGAAUGAAAAGAAAGAACUAUUAUUUUUUAUUAUUUCAAGAUAUAUUUCGUCGUCGAAAGGAACGUUCUCGAGAAUAUAUGAAUUAAAUGUAACAAAGAAAAUCCCUCCAUCGUGCAUGUGGAAAUUAUUUGUAUUCCGAAGGAAUAACUUUACACGAGUGAAUAUCAAGUGGUCGCUACGUUCUUUUGAUAAAACAACAUCUAUAUACUAUCAACAAGUAGGAAAAGAAAUAAAAACGAAAUGAACGGAAAAUUACUGGAAUUAUUUACGUGUUUCCAAAUACGAUAUUAGAAAACUUGAAAAUAAAACAAGGAAAUCGUUUAAAGGCUCUUAAGAUUUCAAACGUUCUUUAAUACGUUUCGUGGCACUGUGCCUGCUCAAAGAGCCAGGCAUAUCGUUGAAAAUCUAGCAGAGAAGCAGGGUCACGAGGAAUCGUCUAAAUAUUUUAGCGACUGGUUUCCUCGAAACCGCUUCUCAUAGUCAACAGCAAGGGUCAUCGAUGCCACGUGCGUCAGUUCCGUUCAGUUCGCGAUUGAGACGGUUUCUGCGCUUUCGUCUGCGGCGGGCGGCUUACUUUAACGAAUCACCGAUUCUUUUAAUGCGACGUCACUCUCUCUUGGAGUACCGCCAAAGGCAACUUUGAAACAAAAUAAGCGCGAUCGGAAGAGAACCGAUCAAUCGAUUUUUUAUGCUAAUUGUCAAACACAUGUUUUAAUGUGACGAUAAAAACUUUUGUUAUAUCGGAUCUGCAAAUCAGCCAUUAACGAUUCUCAUAUUGAUUUAUUUGUUUCUUUUUGUAAUAUUGCGCCUGGCUUCUUUGAAACGAAAUGAUGCCCAUUAACUGAGGGUAAUCAUUCAUAAAUACGAUUAUGUCCUAUAAUAGUGAUCAAGAUAGAUCGGAAGUUCCGCGUCGACCUAGCUUGUCAUGGAAAAUGCAACGUAGCCUUAAAAAAGUUAAAAAGAGCAUUCAAAGAAUAACCGAGAAUUUUCAGGACGAAGAAAAGCAGCAAACGUACGUCCUUCCAGAACGAUUGUCUUCUUUGAUCCACGGUACAGGAUUUUCAAAGGAAGAGAUACAAAGACUAUAUCGUGCUUUCAAACAGUAUUGUCCAAGAGGAAUCGUUACUACCAACGAUAUCAAGCCAGCCUAUGCGAAACUCUUUCCACUGGGUGAUUCUGCAAAAUAUGCACAAAUGGUAUUCAAUAAUUUUGAUAAAGAUAAGGACGGCAUUGUCACCUUUGGAGAUUUGCUUCUAGGAAUAGCGACGAUCGUAAAAGGAACUACCGAUGAAAAGCUUAGAUGGAUAUUUCAAUUUUAUGAUUUGAAUGGCGACGGUUGGAUCUCGAAACACGAGAUGAUCACCGCUAUCUUUGCAAUUUAUGAAAUGGUAAACAAUGAUCAAACUGUUUGGAGUAUGGUAAACAGGCACGUGGACAGACUUUUUGAAAAGAUGGAUACUGAUAAGGACGGAAUGAUAUCCACAGAGGAAUUCAUAGCCAGCUGCAAAAAUGACACUCUUAUUCAAAAUCAACUGACAGAAUUUAAUAAUUUUUGGUGGUAACAUAGACUGAAAACAAUGUCCAUAGUACCUAAAAUAUAUGCUCUAAUAUCCUUUAUAAAAUCAGUACAAAUAUUAUAUAUCCGACUGAUCCUUUUUUAAUAAAUUAUUUUGUAAAUAUGUAAUUUGAUCCCAUAAUAAAUAAAAAUAAUCAUAAAAUUUC